AUGAAAAUAAUUAUUUACGUUUAUCAAGUAUUUUUACUUCUUCUUGGAAUUUUCCUUGGAAUAACAAUAUUCAGAUGUCUGAAAGUGAGUUUGAAUUGAAGAAUUGAACGAACUGAACUAUGGAUAUAUUUUGCUACAGGCGAAUACAAUCAAAUUGGAAAGAUCAAGAGAAAUCCCAAAUUCGAAUAAUUUGGUAAGUUUUUUUUGUAGCUCAUUUUGGAACAACAAAAUAAAACAUAAUUUUUGCAGAAAACAAAUGAAAAUGAAAUAAUUAAUAUUUCAAAACCGCAUGUUCAUCAAGGUUAGUAUAAAUUCAUUUUUCGAUAAUUUCAGAUUUUUUUCAACUUUUAGGAGAAAGUGAAGUGGCUGAUGAAAUCGCAAAAAGUAUGAGGAUUUUUUGUAUAAUUGUGACAGACAACAUGCAAACUAAAUUUGAUGAAUUGAAAAAAAUGUGGAUUUCGAGAUGUGAUAAGUAUGAUAUAAGAUUUUGAAAAUUGAAAAAUACAAAUAAUCUUUUCAGUUAUGUAUUCAUGACACAAUUCAAAAAUGAUACAAUUCCAUCAAUAAAUAUAAAUGUGACUAAUCCAUCGGAUAUUUGGAGUAAAACAAAAAAUAUAUACGAUUGGGUUAUUGAAAAUAAUUUGAAUGAUUAUGAUUGGUUCAUCAAAGUUGAAGCUGAAACUUAUAUUGUUAUGGAAAAUCUACGAUUUCUUUUAUUAUCUUAUUCGACAGAUGAACCUUUGCGAUUUGGAUGUGAUAUUUAUAGAAAAAGUAGUAUUCCAGAUGGUUCGGGAGUUUUUAGUAGAGAAGCUGUCAAGAGGUUGGAAGAUUAUAUUUGAAAUAAUUAAUUCGAAAAUGAAAUGAGAUAUUUUCAGAAUCUCAAAAAUAGAUGUUCAAACUUGUCAUUCUGGAACAACUUUGAAUAUUCCAGAAUGUAUGAAAAAUGUUGGAAUUAUCACAAAAGAUUCGAGAGACACUGAAUAUAAAAAUCGAUUUAUUCCAUUUAUGACUGUUUCAGGAAAUGUCACGAAUAAACAAAUUAUAAAAUAUGCAAUGUGGUUAGGUGGAAAAACUGAACCAAAAUGUUGUUCUGGUAAACAAUUUCGAAUAAUUCAUCAUAAACAACUUUUCUAUUUCAGAUUAUGUGAUAUUGUUUAGUGGGAUUCAAAUUGAAGAAAUGUAUGUGUUAGAAUAUCUCAUUUAUCAUUUGAAACCUUACGGUGAGUUAUAUCAAAAGUUUUUAAUCAGUUCUAAUUGCAAGAUGAAUAUUUCAGGAGUGGACCCGAAAUUCGAACAAGCUGAAAAUAAAAGCAUUCUUGAAACAGCUCGUCUUAUUUCAAAAUCAGAAAUAGUUCCAUCAAUAAUAAAUGAAAAUAAUUAA